GCGAAUAUUGUGUUCAUUUGGCUGCCGAAGGAGGCCACUUACAAAUAUUAAAAACUUUAGUACAGUCUGGAGCGGAUAUCAAUGCCAGAGAAGGAAAAGGUGGAUACACACCUCUACAUAUUUCCAUUGAAAAGGGUAAUGAGGAGUUGUUCAAUUUUCUCCUGGAUGAUUGCAAGCCGAACUUGGAAACAACCACUUUCGGACGGCUGACAGCAUAUCAACUAACAUGCAUUCUGAAGAGGUCACAAAUGCAAAGCAGUUUAGAAAAAUAUGGCGCAGAGCCAUUAUCACCGCCGGAAAGCGAAUAUGAAAGCAGCGACGACGAAUCGGAUUUUGAAGAAUCUAAGAACUAUGAAAGAUUCGUCGAGCCGGGAUACUUCGGAGGCAAUGUCAUGGCAGUCAUGUAAAAACAAAGAACCGCCUCGUUUGGCGUGUUCUUUUCGUUUAAGAGAGUACCUAAAUACACUCGAUGUACUUAAGUUUAUUAACAAUUUAAGGAUACGAAUUCAUAAAUGCCGAACGAAAUUUAGAAAAUUAUAAGCAUAUCUUUACCGUUAAGUAGUUAAAGAAUUGGUUUAUAAAAUCUCGAUAUUCUUCUAAUUAUUGUAUAAAUUAUUAUAAUUUUCAUGUACGUAUUUUACAAUAACUGUGACAUGACUGUGGAACUAAGUAUUUACUAUAUAGUAAAACAUAUGAAAAACAACCAAUAUCUUCGUAUAAAGGGACCUAAAACAAUAAAAUAAUAAUAUAUGUAUGUAUGUAUAUGUUGCUAACGCAACAAUCGAAAA